CCCUCGAGUUUUCACCGUGCGAGCGAGGGCAGUCUCGUCAUUUCAAGCCGGUUCAGUGGCAUUUCUUUUGUAAAAGCUCCGUGUGUGUGGUUAUGUUGGCUCUGUGAGAAGGCCAUUCAUUCGCUGCUAAUAUCAUCAGGUGGUGGUCUUCUGGUGUCGCUGUGCUUCAGCUCUAAGCAAAAGCCUCUCGAAAUCGAGCCCGAAACGCAGCGUUUAAGGUCCAUCGGAACCUCGCAUGGUUCAGCCAUGGAGCUCAAAACCCUAACAAUCACACCAUCUCCGAAGCACCACCAGCACCUCUCUCUCUUCCGCCACAGGGGAUUGCCAGUUUCAACCAAAGCAGUCCUGGUUCUUGUGGUUUUAGCAUGUACCCUUUUCUGCUUGGCGACAUGUGAAAGCUCUGGUGAUGGGUUGCACAAAUUACUAGAAAAUGAUGACUGUGGCUCAUAUGGAGAUAACUUUGAUGUAGCUCGUGCAGAUAGUUUUCUUAGUGAUACCCCCUCGGGCUGUGGAAUGCAAAAAGGCCACUUCAACACUGAGAGUGUUUGUUCGAGUUCUCUUUCAUUCUGCUUUCCGUCAACAUUACCCGGUUUUUGGGAGCAUAAGCUCAAACUUGCUGAUUUAGAAGUUUCUGGGAGUCAGUCUGAUCAUCUAUCAUCUGAGAACAGCAAUUUGGCAAGUAACAAAAGCUGGUCAUCAGAUAACGGUAUGUUUAAGUUAUUUAAUGGGGGGAUAGUUUCUUGUUCUUUGAUCUCCAAAGAGGCUGCUAAUGAGUUUUCAUCCAUUCAAACCGGUAGUGCUAAUCAAAAUGAUCUUUCUUCCUGUAGAGGGCCUUUGCUCUAUCAGAAAAGCACAAGUUAUAGGUCAGACAAGACCACUGAGAUGACCAAAUCUAAUUCUUUUGGUGGUUCUUCCUCACCCCAUGUAGAAAUUACCCCUGCUGUGUUAGAUUGGGGGCAAAAGUAUAUGUAUUUUCCUUCCUUAGCUUUCUUAACUGUGGCAAAUACAUGCAAUGACAGCAUUUUACAUGUUUAUGAGCCAUUCAGUUCCGACAUACAGUUCUAUCCUUGCAAUUUUAGUGAGGCUGUGUUAGGACCUGGUGAAAUAGCUUCAAUUUGUUUUGUGUUCUUACCUAGAUGGUUGGGCCCAUCCUUUGCUCAAAUCAUUUUGCAGACAAGUUUUGGUGGUUUCUUGAUUCAGGCUAAAGGAUUUUCCAUUGAGUCCCCUUAUGGAAUUCACCCUUUAUCAGGCCCGGAUGUUUCUUCUAGGGGAAGGUGGAGUAAGAAUCUGUCCUUGUUUAAUUCCUUUGAUCAACAUUUCCAUGUGGAGGAAGUAACUGCAUGGAUAUCAGUGUCUCUAGAGCAUACUUCCCAUAUUGCAGAGGCAGCAUGUAGCACCAGAAGAGAUCAAGGUUUGAAUGAGCCUGGUGUACCGAAUGUUAAAGAUCGUCUUGUUGUGCGUACUGGUCAGGUUGGUUUGCCUCUGCUGGCAAUGAGGCCCCUUAGGAACUGGGAGAUUGGUCCCCACAGCAGUGAAACCAUCAUAGAAAUAGACUUCUCAAUUGAAUCUAAAGGAAAGAUUUUUGGUGCAAUUUGUAUGCAGUUGCUAAGAUCUUCACAGGACAAGGCUGAUACUAUUAUGCUUCCUUUUGAAGCUGAAUUAGACGGAACGGCAAUGAAUGAUGAUCUUGCAGGACCUAUCAUAGCAUCUCUUGAGGUCUUACACCCAUGGGCUGGCAAUGAAGCUGUUGUUGCUAUAUCUCUGAAAAACUGUGCGCCUUAUAUUCUGAGAGUUCUUGAAAUAACUGAGAUUGCAGAUAGCAAAAUCUUCCAGAUCAAGUACAAUGAGGGCCUACUGCUUUUCCCUGGCACUGACACAUAUGUAGCCAUAGUUACUUGUACUCACCUGCAUGUUGAAGAUGGACAGUGUAAAUUACUUAUACUGACAAAUGACUCGAGCAGCUCACAGAUUGAAGUUCCUUGCGAGGAUGUUGUCCAAAUUUGUUCUAGACACUGGAAAGAUUCCACUGUUGAAUAUGAACAUCAGUCUGAAAGGAGCGAAUCUGGUGAUUUGAAGACGGUGUUUUCUGACAGUAGCAUGCAGCUUCCAUCACAAACCAUGGCAAUGGAUACAGCAGGGGAAGCAGAUGAAUUGGUGCUACGAAACUGGAAAUCUCAAGAUACCAGAAGUGGCAUGUCUGUGCUUGAUGAUCAUGAGGUAUUGUUCCCAAUGCUUCAGGUGGGAAGUCAUUAUUCUAAGUGGAUCAAUGUAAAGAAUCCUAGCCAAGAGCCGGUUGUAAUGCAGCUUGUACUAAACUCAGGAGAGAUUAUUGAUCAAUGCAAGAGCCCAGAUGGUCUUAUACAGCCUCCUUCAUCUGGUAGUUUGGUUUGUGAAAAAUCUCCUUUUCCGAGUAGGUAUGGGUUCUCAAUAGCAGAAAGUGCAUUGACGGAAGCUUUUGUCCUUCCUAAUGGUAGAGCAUCUCUUGGACCAUUAUUGUUUCAACCUUCAAAUCGAUGUGAGUGGAGGAGUUCAGCCUUGAUAAGAAACAAUCUAUCUGGUGUGGAGUGGUUACCUCUGAGGGGCAUUGGAGGGUCACUUUCUUUGCUGCUGCUUGAAGAAUCUCAGCCUAUUCAGAGUGUAGAGUUCAACCUCAGCUUGCCAAUUCCUCUCAACAUUUCUUCCCCAGACAUGUUACUUCAUGUGGAAGAUACCACUCGUUCUUGUUUACAGCCAUUGUCAAAAGAACUCUAUGCGAAGAAUACUGGGGACUUGCCACUGGAAGUUACAAGAAUCAAAGUGUCCGGAAAAGAGUGCAGGAUGGAUGGGUUUAUGGUACAGCCUUGCAAAGGUUUUUCUCUCCAACCUGGAGAAUCAGCAAAGCUUCUAAUAUCAUACCAGACUGAUUUUUCUGCACCAUUGGUACAAAGAGAUCUUGAGCUGGCCUUGGCAACUGGUAUUCUUGUGAUACCCAUGAAGGCAAACCUGCCGUUGUAUAUGCUCAAUACAUGCAGGAAAUCAGUGUUCUGGACGCUCAUUAAAAAAUACUCUGCGGCGGUUUUUUUUGUCGGCUCCUUGAUGUUUCUUGUACUGUGGUAUAUAUUCUCCCAGGUGUUCGUCCUUUCCUCCCAUGAUUGUUUGUGCGCGAGCAGAAAAAGUUCCUUGGAUACUUCUACAAGUGCGGCAGGAAAAUCAUGUGAUGUGCAUAGCUAUAGAAACAGUAAAUUUUCUGUGUCCAGUGAAACAAAUAGCUUGUUAAGAUCAUUUCGGGAAGAUAGAACCUUGAUGCAGGCAUCUGUAGGUGGAUAUCCUCAUAAGCAGGCAGAGACCUUAGACCAGGAAAAGUCUGAUCAUCAUGCUAAACAAAGACUACAAGUUCCUAAACAAACACAUGAUUUGUCAGAUACACCAAAGAAUAAAGGGACGGCCUUCUCACUGACAUCUGAAUCUGCAUUACUUGAGAAUUCUGAUGAACUAGAAGCUUCCGAAUUGGGUAACCUUACUGUUAAAACUGGAAAGGAAAAGGGAAGAAGGCGUAGGAAGAGAAAGAGCACUGGUUCCAAAUUAGCAGGACUUCUUGAACUUUCAAGUAGUCAGAGUGGAAAUUCUACUCCUUCAUCACCAUUGUCUCCAGUCACAUCUGUAAUACCAAAGCAGACGUGGCAGCUAUCUCCUGAUGCGGGCCAAGUGGUUGAGGCUAGGAAUCCUUUUACUCAUGCAGCUCACCAACGCUGUCAGAAGAGUCAUGUUUUUAAAUCUGCUUCGAAGGCAAACUUAUCAGAGCCUGGGGUUUCUUUGAAGUAUUGCAAUAGCCACCCAACUUUUCCUUCUCAAGAGCAGCCUUCAGCCCCAAGAGAAACUCUGGCAAGACCUGUUUUGUUGCCUUCUGCCACCUUUCCUUGUGCCGGCAGGCCUACACCUAUUAUGGGAAGCUCAGCUAUUUCUCCACAUGCUAGAGCCCCUGGGUCCAAACUCAAUGACCGGAAAAAUGUCAGAGCAGAAGAAAAAACUCGGCGUGGGGAUGAAUAUACAUAUGAUAUCUGGGGUGAUCACUUUCCUAGGCUUAAUUUGUUGGGUAGGUCAAAGGAUACCAAUUCUCUGAGCUCCAGCAAUACAGAGAGUGACCCUGAUAGCUUCUUUGUAAAGGGCCCACAAACCCUCAUGACAAACUCUCCACCAAGAUCUGUAAGUUAUUUCCAUCAAGAGGGUUAAUGAUAAAAAGUUUUAAAUAAUC